CGUUGCUUUCCCUAUACUUGAAAUAGCUGAGAAGUAACCUCUUUUGCAGAGCAACAAACUCUCUCGCAGAAGACAUUUAAACUCAUUUUUUUUAGCUUCCCCUUACCGCCAUUGAAGAAACUAAUCAAAGCUUUCUUUGACUAUUCUUUUCAAAGCUCGGAAGACUCAAAAUUGGGUUCAACUAACCAAGUGGGUACAUUUUAUGUUCAAGAAAUUGAGCUGGGUAUUAUUUUUCUUUCAACAUUGGGUAGUUCUUUUCUCGUCUUUCACAUGGAGUCAAACGCAGGGACGACGGAAACCAGAUCUAAUGUAACGGUGCCGGAUGGGGGAGAAGUUGCGGCAUUCGAGUCACUCCAAUUUACCGACGAAAUCCACCGUUUGAUUUCGGCUCCGGCAACUGAUAAUGCUAGUUCCUUCACGGCUCUACUUGAACUACCGGCUACACAAGUCGUUGAGCUUCUUCACUCUCCCGAGUCGGUGAAGCUCAUAGUUGCUUCGGCUCCGAACGUUGAAGAUUUCAAAGGCAGCUUCCAUUUUCCUUCUAAUACUGGUUUGAUUCAAAAAGAUGCAAGGUUCUCUGUGUUUUCUGGAGAAGGUAACAACAAGAAUGAGAAGAGCAACUCGCCUGAAAUGACGUCGAAAAAUUCAAGCGCGAAUCUUGAGAAGGCGGUAAAGAGUGAGCCGGCGGAAACCGCGUCAUCCCUGCCGUUGGUGUCUGAUCCAACGGUGGAGAACCGGAAUAUCAAGCGGAAAGAUCGAGAAAAGAAGGUUAAAGGGUCAACAAAGAAAAGCAAAACUGCAACAAAUGAGAGAUUAGAGGACGCCGAGAAACUGCCUUACGUUCAUGUUAGAGCUCGCCGGGGACAAGCAACCGAUAGCCAUAGCUUAGCAGAGAGAGCAAGAAGAGAGAAGAUUAAUGCACGAAUGAAGCUACUACAGGAGUUGGUACCUGGAUGCAAUAAGAUUUCUGGUACAGCAUUGGUUUUGGAUGAAAUCAUCAACCAUGUGCAGUCUCUACAACGUCAAGUGGAGUUCUUAUCAAUGAGACUAGCAACAGUGAACCCAAGAAUUGAUUUCAACCUCGAUAGUUUAUUCACACCAGAAAGUGGAUCUACUAUGGAUGGUGGUAACUUCCCCAGCUUGGUUACACCUCUGAUGUGGCCUGACGUUCAAGUCAAUGGAUACAGACAACAGUUUCAGCACCAGUGGCAUUUUGAUACACUUAAGCAGCCUAUUUGGGGAAGAGAAGAAGUCUGCAAUAAUUACGUUACUCUGGAGAACUCACUUUUAAGUUAUGACUCGUCAGCAAAUUCAGCAGCAACAUUGCAUGCAAAUCAACUGAAAAUGGAGUUAUGAAGCCUGAAGAAGCCCCAAGGUUUAGAUUUAUGGAAAAUUUGUUUUAAUGGUUGCUAGUGUUGUAGAUAUAUCGGAAAUUAGAAACUAUCAAGAAGUAGAGGAAAGGCCUCACCAUUUAUCUGUAGGUUUCCAUGUCUUGUAUUUACCCGAGUCAAAUGGAAACCCUUUUUAUUUCUCAUGACUGGAUUCAAUAUAUCUUGUAUUAUAUAAAUACUAUUUCCAACUCUGGGUUAUUCAAUCUGAUACUUUUUAAUUUUUAA